AUGAGUCCCUUUCGUAUUGUUUUUGGGAAGCCUUGUCAUCUCCCUGUGGAAAUCCAACAUAGAGCCUAUUGGGUGGUGAAGAAUUGCAAUCCAGAUUUAAAGGGGGCAGGAAUGGAACGUAAACUUCAAUUGGAGGAAUUAGAGUGUCUUAGGUUAGAAGCAUACGAGAAUGCUCAGUUUUACAAGGAGAAAGCCAAGACAUUCCAUGACCAAAAUAUUAGGAGGAAGAGUUUUAAGAUAGGUGAUGAAGUGCUUGUGUACAAUUCGAGGUUGCGAUUGAUGCCCGGGAAGUUGAGAUCUAGAUGGGAUGGUCCAUUAAAGGUGGUGGAUGUCAAGCCUUAUGGAGUGGUGGAGGUGAUUCACCCUAUCAAUGGGACCAAGUUUAAAAUCAAUGGUCAUAGGGUGAAGCUCUAUCACACUCAACCAAAGAAUGCCAAGGAGUUGGAGAUAUUCCUCCUUGGAGAAGUUUCAAGUGACCAAUGA